CUUGCGAUAUAAACAACACAAACAUACAUACACCGGUAUUCAAAGUGCACGACGGCCUCUUUUUCUUAUCCGCAUUCCCACAAACACCUUGACGACAUUUCGAAUGGAGAUGAGCUCCGUCGAAGACGCCGGCGGCGAGGCCUCCGCGGAGAGGCCGGAGGGCCUUCGGCGCGUCGGUAGUGGAGCGAGCGACGUGAUCGAUCCGGAGGUGGGCGGAGGCGGCGCCGAGGCGGAGUCCGGGGGGAAGCUGUCAUCGUCGCGGUACAAGGGCGUGGUGCCGCAGCCCAACGGCCGGUGGGGAGCGCAGAUCUACGAGAAGCACCGCCGCGUGUGGCUCGGCACGUUCGAGGGCGAGGCCGCGGCGGCGCGGGCCUACGACGUGGCGGCGCAGCGGUUCCGCGGCCGCGACGGCGUCACCAACUUCGAGCCCGUGGAGGAGGAGGCGGAGCUGGCCUUCAUCCGAUCCCGCUCCAAGGCCGAGGUCGUCGACAUGCUCCGGAAGCACACGUACCUCGACGAGCUGCGGCAGAGCAAGCGGGCGCCCGCCUCCGCAGCUGAAGCAAGCAGACCGGCGCCGGCGGCACCGCUAGCGGAAGAGCGGCAGCAUCUGUUCGACAAGGCCGUGACCCCGAGCGACGUCGGGAAGCUCAACCGGCUGGUGAUCCCCAAGCAGCACGCGGAGAAGUACUUCCCGCUAGGGGAAGAAGCAGACGCCGGCGGCGGCGCGGUGCUGAGCUUCGAGGACGGCAACGGGAAGCUGUGGCGGUUCCGGUACUCGUACUGGAACAGUAGCCAGAGCUACGUGCUGACCAGGGGGUGGAGCCGGUUCGUGAAGGAGAAAGGCCUGGCGGCCGGCGAUGUGGUGUCGUUCCACCGGUCGGCCAGCGAAGAGAAGCGGCUCUUCAUCGAAGCCAAGGCGCGAGGCGGCGCUCCGCCGGCUGCUGGCGGAUUUAGGCUCUUCGGCGUCGACAUCGUCGGGAGCAGCAUCAACGGCGAAAUCGAGAACAGCAAGAGGAAGAGCGAGGAUUACGACGGCGUCGAGAAGAUCAAGCAGCAACGCCAAGCAGCUUAAUUUCGAUUAAUUCGUAGGACAUAGAUAUCGAUUCGAUUUCGAGAUCCAAGUGUAUACGUAUAAAUGUCAACGGGAUAAUCGUUCAGAAGGUUUUAAUUCUCUCA